CGCGAUUCCUUCGAGCCAUACGGCUGUCCCCGGGCGGGGGUGGUGGGACUGCUGUCCCUGUGCUCACAACAACAGCCUUGCGAGUUGCCACUGGAACCUGGAAUCAGCAAGUCUCAUAAGCAGAAAUGUCAGUUUGAGCAAAUGACGGAGGAGAUUCACUUGAAGCUACAAAAUGGGUCCAGUUAAAAUCAAACAUGUUGUGUCCUUCACGUCUCAGGAUCCUAAAUAUCCAGUGGACAACUUGCUGCUUGAAGAAAGCCUUCGUCCCUGGCUCAGUUGCCCCCAGGACAGGAGCCGGCUGCUGAAAGCAGAGUUGCAGUUAGAACAGGCGAGCCACAUUGGCUACGUUGACGUAGGGAACUGUGGCUCUGCCUUCCUUCAGAUCGACGUGGGGCGCUCCUCUUGGCCUGCAGACCAGAGUUACCUCACCUUGUUGCCCUCCACCGCCUUGAUGAUGCCAGCUGAUGCCAAGCUGGACAAGAAUCGUUCCGGGGUCCGGAUGUUUAAAGAAGGGGACUUCUUGGCGAUGGUGCUGGCUGAGAAGUGGGAUCGUAUCAGGCUGACCUGCAGCCAACCCUUCAACAAGCACACCCAGUUCGGCCUCUCCUUUAUCCGGAUCCGCACUCCGCCAGAUGACAGCAGCAGCCAGGCAGACCUGCCCUCCUUACCUGCCCAGGCCCCGCCUGAGCCCACAGGUAGCCCGGGGCUCUCCAGCGCAGCCUUCCUCAGGACGUUCUUCCCAGAGGUGCCAUCGGGCAGUGCAGAGGAAGCAGCGCUACAAAGCCGACUUCAGCAGCUGGAGCCCACCGCCAGCCCUGGGAGACGCAAUCCAGUCUGUUUGAGCCGCCCAGCUCAGAUGGUGCUGAAGGCGGCCGGUGCCCGCAAAAGAGCCUUGCCCCUGGUGAGCAGCCCCAGCCUUCCUGCCACAGAGAGCAAAGACCUGCCCCAGCUUGUGGAGGACGAGGCGCAGAGCCAUGCGGCAUCGCGAUCGCAUGAAAACCAGGAGGAGGAAGAGAUCGUGCCGUGGGAUCGGGAGGUAAUUUUGCUCUACGUGGAGUUUUCUUCCGAGACUCCCAGUUCUGAUUCAGGCAUGUCCGUUGAUGAAUCCCACCUGGUGCAGAAAGCAGGGGGUCUGAGCCCUGAUGCCUCCUCUUGGAAGGGAGCUUGGAGAGCAGUCCUUGCGCUCCUGCAGAACUUCCAGGCCCUCUGCCAGCCAGAGAGUGCAGCAGGUGGGCCCAAUGGACUGCCUCGGCAGCGUCACCUGUCCGUAGCAGCCUCUUCCGUUGGGCCAAGGCUGGGUUCUCGAAGGGGGGGAAGAGGCCGAGGUCGGAAGGGACGGUGGCAGAAGGUGGAAGGGGAGAAAGAGCUGGGCGAAGAGGAAGAGGAUGGGCCCGAAGAGGCAGGUGUGGGGGUGGGCACGUGCCCCAUCUGUGACGGUCGUUUCCCCACCAGCCUCCUACCGGCUCAUGCCUCCAGCUGCGGAGAGGAGCUUGAGGCAAGUUCUCCCUCCUCGUGCGAAGAGCUGCCGGACGCCGGGGUCUGCUGCCCCAUCUGCCAGUUGCGCUUCCCUGCUGCCGAGGCUGCAGUUCCACAGGGAGCAGGUGGCAUCUCUUUGGGGGGCAGGAUGGCGACGGAAUUCGAGGGCAUCAUGCAACCCAACUGGAAGGAAAUAGUGAACAAGAAAUUAAAAUUCCCCGAAGGCCUCCUGAGCGCCAUUCAAGAUGGCCACCUGGUGAAAGUUCAGCAGCUGCUUCAGGUGAGCGACGGCAUCUUGAGGCAGCUGGACGAUGCGGAGGACCGAGCCUGGCGGGAGGCUCUCAACUUGGCCAUCCGCACUGGCGGUGAGGAAGCCACCCGGACUUUGCUGCGCUACGUCAAGUUUGACUUCCGCCAGGUCCACGAGGCCUUGUUGGUCGCCGUGGACACCAACCAGCCCAACGUCGUCAAGCUGUUGCUGGACCGGCUCGACCAGGAGAAAAGCCUCAAGAUGGACAUCAAGUCCUUCUCGAUGGCCUUCUUUGACAAUUCCAUCGACAACUCGCGCUUCGCCCCUGGCGUGACUCCGCUCACCCUGGCUUGUGAGAAGGACCUCUACGAAAUUGUGGACAUGUUGAUGAAGAAGGGCCACGCCAUUCCACGUCCGCACAAGGUCUCCUGCGGCUGCCUGGAGUGCUCCAACGGCCGCAAGUACGACCUCCUGAAGUUCUCGCUCUCCCGCAUCAACACUUACAAGGGAAUUGCCAGCCGAGCCCACCUCUCGAUCGCCAGCGAGGACGCCAUGCUCACCGCCUUCAAGCUCAGCCGUGAGCUGAAACGCCUCUCAAAGAAGGAGCCUGAAUUCAAGCCUGAGUACCUGGCCCUGGAGCAGCUGAGCCAGGAGUUUGCUUUCGAGCUGCUGGGGAUGUGCCGCAACCAGAGCGAAGUGACGGCCGUGCUGAAUGACCUGGGGGACGACGAGGCCAGCGGGGAAGACGAGGAGCUGGACGAGCAGGCCUUCGAGGAGGGGAUCCCCAACCUGGCCAGGCUCCGGCUGGCUGUCAACUACAAUCAGAAGCGGUUUGUCGCGCACCCGAUCUGCCAGCAAGUGCUGUCGUCCAUCUGGUGCGGGAGCCUGCAGAGCUGGAGGGGCAGCACCAGCCUCUGGAAGGUCUUCAUCUCCUGCUCCAUCUUUGUGACGAUGCCGAUCUUGUGCCUCAUCUACUGGGUCGCCCCCAAAUCCAAGUUUGGCAAAAUGCUGAAGAUCCCCGUGAUCAAGUUCCUCUUGCAUUCGGCCUCGUACCUGUGGUUCCUGGUCUUCCUUCUAGUGGAGUCCUUGGUCCUGGAGCACCAUCACGAGGCCUUCAAGGGGAGGAACCAAAGCUUGUGGGAGACCUCGCUGCACAUGGUGUGGGUGGCAGGAUUCUUCUGGUUCGAAUGCAAGGAGGUCUGGAUCGAGGGCAUGCGCAGCUACCUCCUGGACUGGUGGAACUUCCUCGACAUCGUCAUCCUCAGCAUGUACUUGGCCUCCUUCGUGCUCCGGCUUCUGAUCUUCCUCAAGGGCCAUUUCUACUGCCUGGACACCAGCUCCUCCGACGAGUGCUACUACUACACGAAAGCGGGACGCCCAGAGUGGCACACAGAGGACCCCCAGUUCAUGGCAGAGGUGCUCUUCGCUGUCACGAGCAUGCUCAGCUUCACCCGCCUGGCAUACAUCUUGCCGGCCCACGAGACCCUGGGGACGCUGCAGAUCUCCAUCGGCAAGAUGAUUGAUGACAUGAUUCGGUUCAUGUUCAUAUUGAUGAUCAUCCUGACGGCAUUCUUGUGCGGCAUGAACAAUAUCUACGUCCAUUACCAGGAGUCUGAAAGGCUGGGAAGCUUUAACGAGACCUUCCAGUUCCUCUUCUGGACCAUGCUUGGGAUGGAGGAGCACAAGGUGGUCGACAUGCCCCAGUUCUUCGUGGCCGAGCUGGUGGGGAGGGUGCUGUAUGGGGUCUUCACCAUCGUGAUGGUGGUGGUCCUUCUCAACAUGCUCAUUGCCAUGAUCACCAACUCCUUCCAGAAAAUCGAGAACGAUGCUGACGUGGAGUGGAAAUUUGCACGCUCCAAGCUCUACCUGUCCUACUUCAGGGAAGGUCUGACACUGCCGGUUCCCUUCAACAUCAUCCCGACACCAAAGUCGGUUUUCUACGUCAUCAGGGGCAUCUUCCACUUCCUGUGCUGUUACAAACCAAAGCGGCAACAGAACUAUCCUCCAAUUCCAACCAUUACCAACCCCUCCUUGGAAGAUGGUGGGCUGCGUAGCGAGAGCCGUGUCUCUUACCGGCGGCAGGUGCUCAAGGCGUUGGUUCAGCGGUACAUUGACACGGCCCGGAGAGAGUUUGAAGAGAGCAGGCGGAAAGAUCUGGGCAACCGACUCACGGAGCUGAACAAGUCCGUGCUGCGCCUCCACUCUGAGAUGAAGCACCUGCGGCACACUGUGGCGGCCAACGGGGCAGCCGCCAACCCCCUGGACGGAGCCAGCGUCCUGCGGAAGUACAUCAUGAAGGUGCGCAACAGCUUCCAGAGCUUUGACAAUGACUCGGGCAGUUCCGGCCAGGGGUCCCCUGCUGAGGUGGUUGUGCACCAGGAUGGAGCCAUCCCGGAGGAAGAGGGCCUGGGAGGGGAGGUGGGGGCUGAGGAGAAGCCCCCCAGUGCUGAAACGGAGCUGGCCAAUGAAGAGAAGCCAGCAGAGGAGCCAGAGAACUAAAGUGCCGGAAGAGAAGCAAUGCGCCCGUUCUCGGUGGCGCACUGUUCCAUGCUCAGCUGGUGCUUCCUUAGCCACUAGUGCCUGCCCUGUGUUUUGACCCAAAGUGUGGAAUCAGCAGGGCAAUGUUGCUUUUUAAGUGAACUUCCUUUAGUGAAAGAAUAAACAAGAAUUAUACUUAUGCAGGACUUUUGGCUGGGCCAGAGAUGGGCGGGGGGUGGGUGGGAUACUAAAUAAGGCAUUGGUUGACAGUGCCCCCACUAUCUGGGACCCCUUCCAUGGGCAAGCAUGCUGAGGAAGACAUAGAAAACAUACAUCGAAAAUGUUUUAGCUGUGGUGGGAGAGCAGACG